UCUGCGAGGGAGGCCAGGGGUCACGGGCCUACUGGGCCGCUGCUCACGGGAAGCGCUUUGCAGCCCUUUCCGCCGCCGGUGGCGGCGGCGGCGGCGGGAAAAUGGGAGACCCAGGGUCGGAGAUAAUGGAAUGUGUCCCUCCAGCUGGGCCUGAGGCGUCCGAGUCAACACCGGAGGAAAAUGAAGAUGGCAUUCAGUUUGCUAGUGAAGGACCAUCAAGACCUGUUCUUGAAUACAUUGAUCUGGUCUGUGGUGAUGAUAAAGAGCGUAGCACCUAUCAUAGUGAUAUUUUGUUCCCUAAAAUGCCAAAACGACAGGGUGAUUUAUUGCAUUUUUUAAAUGCGAAGAAAGUGAAAACAGACACAGAAAGUAGCAAUAGGAAGAAAAACUAUUGUGUAUUGUCUAAGUCUAAGGAAUCAAAUUUCAAAUAUGUUGAACAACCAAUCAUUGAAGAAAAGCCAUCAUGUUCAUCAAAGGAAGAAAUGGAUAAUCUUGUGCUUCCAGAUUGUUGGAAUGAAAAACAAGCACUUAUGUUUACAGAACAGUACAAAUGGCUUGAAAUAAAAGAAGGUAAAUUAGGAUGUAAGGAUUGCUCAAAAGUUCGGCAUUUGGGAUUGAAAGCAGAAAAGCAUGUCCAUGUGUCCGAGGAGUGGAUUGUAUAUUUAGUAACCCCUAACGGUAGUAAUAAAACUACUAGACAAGCUUCUCUGCGAAAAAAAAUUAGGGAACAUGAUGUUUCUAAAGCCCAUGGUAAAAUUCAGGAUUUGUUAAAGGAAUCAAUUAAUGACUCUGUUUCUAAUUUAGUGCAUAAACAAAAUAAUAAAAAUAUUGAUGCCACUGUGAAAGUUUUUAAUACUGUUUAUAGUUUAAUAAAACAUAAUAGACCUUUAUCUGAUAUUGAAGGGGCAAUAGAAUUACAAGAGAAAAAUGGAGAGGUCAAUUGUUUAAAUACACGAUACAGUGCAACAAGAAUAGCAGAGCAUAUUGCAAAAGAAAUGAAGAUGACGAUAUUUAAGAAUAUUAUAGAAGAAAAUGCCAAAAUCUGUAUUAUAAUUGAUGAGGCAUCCACAGUUUCAAAGAAAAGGACCCUCAUGAUUUAUCUCCAGUGCACAGUUCAGUCGACUCCUGCACCUAUUAUGUUAUUUGUUGCUUUAAAAGAACUGGCGUCAACCACAGCAGAGUGUAUUUUCAAUACAUUAUUGAGUACUUUAAAUGAUUGUGGUUUCACGAAUGAAUAUUUGAAAGCAAAUUUAAUUGCAUUUUGUUCUGAUGGUGCUAAUACAGUGCUGGGAAGAAAGUCUGGAGUAGCUACAAAGUUGCUAGAAAAUUUUCCUGAAAUCAUUAUUUGGAACUGUUUAAACCAUCGAUUGCACUUGUCCCUUGAUGAUUCAAUAUCUGAAAUAAAACAGGUGAAUCAUUUAAAAAUAUUUCUCAACAAAAUUUAUUCUAAUUAUCAUCAAUCUAAUAAAAGUCAAAACAAGCUUUUAGAAAAUGUAGCUAAAGAUCUUGAAAUUGAAAUUGUUAAAAUUGGCCGAAUAAUGGGACCAAGAUGGGCGGCAUGUAGUUUACAAGCUGCUACUGCUGUAUGGUGUGCACAUCCUGUAUUAUAUAUGCAUUUUUCUCAUUCUCAUUCUGGUUUGGCAAAGAGAUUAUCUAACAUUAAUUUCUUGCAAGACCUUGCUUUAAUGAUUGACAUUCUUGAAGAAUUUUCACUACUUUCAACUGCAUUACAGUCAAGCUCAACUAACAUUCAGAAAGCACAAAAAUUGAUCAAACGCACCAUAAAAUCCUUGGAAAAUUUUAAAAUUGGUUCUGGAAAGCAUGAAUCUCAAAUUGAAGGUUUGAUUAAGUCAGAUAAGUUUAAAGAUAUUCCAUUUAAAAAAAAUAAUAAAUUUAAUGCCCUUCCUAGGAACAUGUUACUAGAAAAUAUAAUUCAACACAUGAACUUACGUCUUUUAUCUGACAGGAAACAUGAUGAAAGUAUUUUUAAUUAUUUUAAUUUGCUAGAACCUUCUACAUGGCCUUAUGAAGAAAUAACUUCACCAUGGAUAACUGGUGAAAAAUUAUUUCAUUUGUGUGAAAUUUUAAAAUUCGAAAUUGAUUUGAAUGAUUUUCGGGAAUUUGUAAAUAAUAAUGUAAAGUCAAACAAUGUUUCAAUUCCUACAACCGUACAAAAAGCUAAAAAGAUAGUUAGCACCAUUGCAGUCAAUAGUGCUGAAGCUGAAAGAGGUUUCAAUGUAAUGAACAUAAUUUGUACAAGGGUGAGAAAUAGUUUAACAGUAGGUCAUAUAUCAGAUUUAAUGACAAUAAGUUUGUUGGGAAAAGAGUUAGCUGAUUGGGAUGCAACUCCCUUUGUAAAAUCCUGGUCAAAUUGCAACAGGUUAGCUACAGAUACAAGAGUUCGGCAAAAGUCAACAAAAGCCUAUGAGAAUCAGUUGGCUAUAUGGAACGUACAAUAAAGAGUAUUGUGUGGGAAUUCCCUGGUUAGGUCUUGGCGCUUUCACUGCCGUGGCCUGGGUUCAAUUCCUGGUCCAGGAACUAAGAUCCUGCAAGCCGCGUGGCGCGGCCAAAGAGAAAAGAGUAUUGUGUAUGAUUUUAUCAUUUAUAAAUUGUAUGCUGCACAUCUUUUAUAUACAUACAUUUUUAUUUCAAAAGCCAUUUGUUAAACUUUAUUCAGCACGUUGCUGUUUAAAAGACAUUCUCCAAAGAGAUAAAAUUGAUUGUUUUUAGGAGCAAUGGGUUUUUAGAGGUUGGUCCAUGUCUACUAGAGUGGGCCAAAUACAUAUUUCAGGGAAUCCUAUACAGAACAUCCAACAAUUCCAUUUUUGCUUUGUUUUAUUUUUUGUGAGGAUACGAAAGUGUAAUAUAACCCAGAUAACUUCUAAGCCCUGGAAGUUAUAUCAAAUAAAAGAGAAAUGGAAUAAAAACUGCAAGCCUUGUGACUUUUGUCUUUCUCAUUUCCAUAUCUGCACUAUCUAAUAUGGUAACCACUAGCAACAUGUGGCUAUUAAGCGUUUGAAAUGAGUUCAGUAGGACUAAGAAAGUAAAUUUUUAAAUUAAUUUUAAUUAAACAUAAAAAAGCAGUGUGAAAUAUUUUUGUUGAACUCGGCUUAUUUUUUUAAAAAUACAUUUAACUUUGUUAUCUUGCUUAAGGUGUGAUUGUUGGAGUGUGCUUGUCAGACACCAUGUGCUAUGUCUGGUAUUACAUAUAAACAUCACUGAUUGAGUUGGUGUUGGAUUCAGUGUAAAUUAUUUUUUCCUAUGAAUCAAUGUAACGUAGUGUAUUUAUCUGAAUAUUUUAUGCUGACAACAGGAAUUACAGUGAUUACUUCUGUAAAUAAUUGGUAAUUGAUAUACUUGUUUUACUUAU